AUGCAGAACGAGUGGUUAGACAUAGGAGAUUUUUGCAUCCCAUUAGCAUUAAAAUGGCGCACUUUAAUCUAUGAUUGGUCGCCAGCAUUGCUAAAAUUCUAUCUCAAUGCGUUCCAGAUGACUCUCCCAGAUCAGAGUAAUUUAGUAAGAUGGGGUAAAAGUACCGAAAAAACUUGCUAUAUCUGUGGAAAGGCAGUUGGAACUGCUAAGCAUCUGCUGGUGGGAUGCAAGGUACUCCUUGACAGCGGUCAAUACUCGCGUCGUCACGAUAGGGUUCUAGAAGUCAUACGUUUUGUGAGAGAAGGCACUAGGGCUACAAAAUCAAACGUCAAGCCUUACUCCAUCCUUAAAGCGGCGUCGGAUUGGACUAUAAUGAUGGACACGUAUGAAAAACAAUAUAAAAUCCCCGAGGAUAUUUGUGCGUCGGCCUCCAGACCGGAUAUAUUUUUGUUUUCGCGAAUUUUAAAGCGCGUAGUGAUGAUAGAGCUUACGGUCCCUUGGGAAACCAACAUCCCCAAAGACCAUACCAUCAAGGUCAACAAAUAUUACGAGCUCACAAACGAACUCACUCGAAAUAGGUUCGUAGUAGAUUUGUACGCGGUAGAGGUGGGAGCGAGAGGUAUAACAGCGAAAUCUCUCUACAACCUACUAAAGGACUUGGGCUUGUCCAGAACUCACAUUAAUGCAUUCUUGGAACGUAUAUCGAAGGCAGCCCUAGUAGGUUCUUUUCAAAUUUGGUUAGGUAGGGAGAGGAGCUUGGACAGUGGAGGUGAGCGUAUAACGCGCGUUAAUUGA